GAUAAAUAUUUUCUUUUCGACAAAUGAUUGUAGACACUUCGUUUUUUUGUUAGGACUAGUAUGGUUUUAUAGUUCUCAAAACGCCAUUCUAGCCCAAGAUGAUGGUUUUAUGAUAUCAAAAACAUGCCCGUAUAUCAUAAAACGUGUCCAAUGGGGAGCUGCAAAGUCCAAAAACGUUACAUAUCAGUUGAAACCAGUCGCUACUGUCAUCAUACAUCACUCUGCUACCGAAAAAUGUACCACUGAUACUUCAUGUAAAGAAAUGGUUCGCAGUAUACAGUCCUUUCACCAAACCAAGCACACGUGGAGCGAUAUUGGAUACAAUUUUCUGAUUGGUGCGGGUAAUGUGUAUGAGGGGAUUGGCUGGCAUAGAACAGGAGCUCACUUGCGAGGACAUAAUGACAGAUCAAUAGGAGUAGCAUUCAUCGGUAACUACAAUAAUGACCGGCCAUCGAUUCGAAGCUUAAACAGUCUUGCUCAAUUGCUACACUGUGGUGUAGAUACAGGAGAACUUAGCAAUGAUUAUCGUUUGUAUGGAGCUAUUCAAUUGCAAACUACCGAUAGCCCCGGCGAAUGGCUGUAUCUAAAACUACAAGAGUUUAACCAUUGGCAGCCAAAUGUGUGA